AAAAACCCUAAAGUUGAUAACAUAUUGUGGUAAAAGUAGAGUUGCAAAAGAGAAUGAAACAUCAAUAAUGGAAUGAAGAAAAGGAAAACAAAAUACAGAUCAAGCCCCAACCCUUCUCCAUUAUCACCAUCAUUAUACUCUUCUUCUUCUUCUUCUUCCUCAUACUCUGUUUCUUUUCUCUCUCUUCCUCUCUCUGGUUUCUGCAGACAUUUUUGUCUUUUACUUCCACUCGAUCUCCUCUCAUAAUCUCACCCGCCAAAAAACCCUGCUCCAUCUUCCUCUCUUUACCAAAUAUCCACAAACAAGAACCACACUCACCCAUCUGCUUCAUUUCCAUGGCUUCCUCUGCCCCGCAUUUCAUCUCUCUCAUUUUCACACUCCUCCUCUUACUCCCCACUUCCCGAGCCGCCACAUUCACCUUCGUCAACAGAUGUGAUUUCACCGUCUGGCCCGGCAUUCUCGCCAAUGCCGGCAACCCCACUCUCGGCACCACCGGUUUCGAACUCCCCAAAGACACUUCCCGUUCUUUCCUUGCCCCCACUGGCUGGUCUGGCCGUUUCUGGGGCAGAACCUCCUGUAACUUCGACGGAUCCACUUCUGGAUCCUGCCUUACCGGUGACUGCGGCUCCGGCCAACUCGAAUGCAAUGGCGCCGGAGCAGCCCCACCAGCAACUCUCGCCGAGUUCACUCUCGGAGCCGGCGGGAUGGAUUUUUACGAUGUCAGUCUAGUUGAUGGCUAUAACCUACCCAUGAUCGUUGAAGGAACUGGUGGGUCGGGUCAGUGCGCUACCACGGGUUGCUCCACGGAUCUGAACCGUCAAUGUCCGCCGGAGUUGAGGGUCGGCGAAGGAGAUGCGUGCAAGAGCGCGUGUGAAGCGUUUGGGACUGCAGAGUACUGUUGCAGCGGCGCGUACGGUUCACCCAACUCUUGUAAACCGUCGGUGUACUCAGAAAUGUUUAAAGCUGCUUGUCCUAAAUCGUAUAGCUACGCUUACGAUGAUGCUACGAGUACAUUCACUUGUACCGGUGCCGAUUACACCAUUACAUUUUGCCCUUCUUCUCCAAGCCAAAAAUCAUCAAGUUUCCCUACUCCAACAACCCCAGAUACAACAUCACAAGGUUACGGAUCUGAAACGGGGAUAGAGUCGGAGUCAGGAUCGGGAUCGGGAUCAGGAUCAGAGUAUGGGAUGGGUUAUUCAGGAGCAUCUGGAACUGAUAUGUUAGGGAGAGGUGCUAGUACGGGAUCGGAGUCGGGGUCAGGAUCUGGGGAAGCUAUGCUAGCAGAUGGGUCAUGGUUGGCUGGUUUGGCUAUGGGAGAUUCAGCUAGAGCAGUUUCUCUUCCAUCCAUUAUAUUGUUUUUAGUAACAUUUUUAGUCAUUUUGAGUUCUCUUUUCUUGUAGCCUUCUUCAGUUUCCUCUCAACUUAUGGAUUCAGCUUUGUUAUGUGAAAUUGAGUAAGGAAAGGAUCUUCCCCCAGAUUGUAAAAUGCCAUCUUCUUGAACGAUUCAUUUUCUAUUUAGUUUUUGGAAGUGUUUUAGUUCAAGUGUUCUUUUUA